CGUUCUUUCCUGUAAUUCUUUCCUUAUGCGUUCUUUCUUGUCAAAAAAUUGAAAGGAAAGAACUAAUGUCCAAUCCCACUAACACAAACGCAAUCUUGUUGAAUUUCCUGUCAGUUUUUACUGUAAGACUGGCCUGUUCUUUUUUGAAGGAGUUAUAUUCCUUGCAAAGCCCACUAACACAAAAUACCUUUCGUUGCAGUUUUUAAAGGAUUUAGUUUGUUAUACUGUAAAUGUGACACGAUUAUUAAAAUUUUCCCGCUAGACGAUCAUUUUACUAAGGAUCGAGAGAUUUGACUUUUAUAAAAUUUUUGUUGUGCAAUACAAGUAAACAAGUGGUGUGCUUUGAAUAAUAAUAUUAAUAUUUAUUUUUAUUAUUAUUAAACUAUUAAUAUUAAGAUGAAACCUAAAAGAAUAAUUGCAAUUGCUGCAUUUGGUAUUGCAACUGAAGUUUUGUUUAAGAAAAAGCAGAAGCGCCGCAUGUGGUCAAAGAAGUGGCUUCAGAAACGGAAAAUGUACAGCGAUAUGAAUCUGUUACGAGAAUUACGGACAAGUGAGCCUACCGAUUUCCAAAAUUAUUUAAGAAUGGAUCCUAACACAUUUGAUGAACUGUUAAAAUUAGUUAGUCCAUACAUACAAAAAGAAGAUACGGUAAUGAGGCAGAGUAUUUCACCUGAAGAGCGCCUUGUUGCAACUUUGAGAUAUUUGGCCACCGGAAGAAGUUAUGAAUGCUUGAAGUUUAGUACUGGAAUUUCUCCACAAGCUCUUGGUCGCAUAAUUCCAGAGACAUGCAAAGUAAUUUACCAGGUUUUGCAGAAAGAUUAUUUAAAAUUUCCCAAGACUGUCCAAGAAUGGAUGGAUAUUGGAGAAAGAUUUAACUCUCGUUGGCAGUUCCCUAACUGCGGUGGAGCUAUCGAUGGAAAACACAUAAGAAUAACAUGUCCAGCUAAAACAGGCGCAUUUUACUACAAUUAUAAAAAGUUCUAUAGUAUUGUUUUAAUGGCUUUAGUAAACAGCGAUUAUGAAUUUUUAUAUGUAGAUGUGGGCAAAAACGGAAGAAACUCUGAUGGGGCUAUUUUAGAGUAUACCAAAUUCUACCAAUACCUCAGAAAUAAUCAACUGCAUUUACCUCUCAAGGAAGAAAACAUAGAACAAAUGAAUUAUGUAUUUUUGGGGGACGAGGCAUUUGCUCUGCAAAAACAUAUACUCAGACCGUUUAGUCAAUCUGAACUUACAUAUAAAAAAAGAAUUUUUAACUAUCGCUUAUCGAGGGCUAGAAAUGUCGUUGAAAAUAGUUUUGGAUUAAUUACCGCAAGAUUUAGAAUAUUGCACACUGCUAUUACUGUACAGCCUGAAAACGCCAAAGAUAUUAUAAUAGCAAUAUGCGUUUUGCAUAAUUUUUUAUGUCGUAAAAGUAAAUCAUAUUUUAACAGAAAAACAGUAGACAGUGAAAACAAAAUCACACAUGAUAUAAAAAUAGAUGGGGAAUGGCGUAAUAAUGCCGUUGAAUUGUAUGGAUUUGAAAAAAAGAAGCAAACUAAUGUUUUGGUGGAGGCAAAACAAACUCGACAAGAAUACCUGGAUUUUUUUAAUGGAAAUGGUAGUGUGACUUGGCAAGAAAACAUGAUUGAGAAGGGCAAAGCAUAAUUCCGCUUACAAUAUUAAUUAAAAUUUAACUUUAAUUUAAAAUAAUAUUUUUAGUUUGUACUCUAAUAAAUUUUAAAGUAUAAUAAUUAUUGAUUAAUUUUUCCUUUAUAGGUAUCAUUAUAAAGUUUACCU